AUGUCUUGCCCGAUGUUGGAAUCAAAGCUUUCGGCAUCAGUGAAAACAUCGAUUAGUGUCACUCCAGCAGUUAGUGCUAUUAUUACUACCAACAGUGAUACUUCUGCUGCUGCUAACAAUACAAAUAAUUCAAUGACUUAUCCGUACAAGAAGCGCGUUCGAGAAGAGUUUGAAAAAAAGCAACGUGAAAUUGAAGAGGAAGAGAAACGAUUAAAUUUACUGGUGCAAGCAGAACAACAGUUUAAGCUACAGGAAGAGCAGCAACAUUAUCAACAUCAGCAGCAGCCCAAGAAGCAGCUACCAAAAAAGCAACAACAAAAACAGAAAUAUAAGCCACAGUCAGGAAUCUCAGAUACAUCAUCAACUGCUGCUGCUGUAGUUACUGUCUCUGGAAAUGUACCAGAUGAAGUGGGAACGAGUGGUAUAAAUCGACCUGAACUUCCAAAUGCUGAGAUGCCACAGCAGCAGUUAAGUGGCGAUGAAUCAGAUGUUGCAGAAGAAGAAGCUGAAGAAACAUCUAGUGAUGACUCUGAAUCUUCAGGUGGCACUAAUUGGUCUGAGCUCGAUCAAGCUGCCUUGGAAGCAAAAGCAUGUUGUUGUUUGGCGACUCUCACUGGUAAAAAGGCCUUGGCAUGUGGUCGUCCAGCGUUUGGUAUUCAUUUUAGCAACAAACUACGACAAAAGGCAUUGAAAAAGAAUCUUCCAUUUGCAUACAAUAAAGGGAGAGGACAUUGGUACACAUGCCUGUUUCAUUAUCGUGUAAUCAUGCAUGAACCAAAAUUAAAACCUAAUGAGAAAUAUGAAGAAAGAGACCUCACCAAAUACUUAUCGGGAGAAGUUACAGAAGAUGAAUUCCAAGCUUUCAAAAAUGAUCCAUUGACGAAAAGUUACAUGAAGGAUUACGAACAGUUCGUGGCUUCGCGCGAAAUGCAAAAGAAGAAAAAGAAAAAAAAAGGACGACCAGGAACAAGUGGUGGUGAUGCUGAAACAAGCGAUGAUGAGUCUCCAAGCGUUGGUGCACUGACUGGAAUUUGGCCAUUCAUGAGCACGAAUUUUCACACUAUGAAGCCAGAUGAGGAAGUGAAUGCAUCGCCGUCAGGAGAGGGAUCAACAACUUCAACCCCUUCGCAAGUACCUUUUCAUGCUCUUUCGGCUACCACUUUACGACGUUACAAAAAAUAUUUCAAUCUUCCCCAUCGUUCAAGCACCAAUACAAAACAACAGCUCCUAGAAGGUAUAAUGGAACACUUUGAAACAAUUGAUGCUCCCGCAUUCGAGACAAUCGCUCAUUUCCUUCAUAUUGCCAAAACGCAUAAAAAUAAGCUGGACUAUCCGACUCUCGAUUCGUAA